AUGGAACAUAGUAUCAAGAUCAAUCUUGUAGCUUGGUUGGGUAGGCAAUUCCUUUUUAUAGCUAAAAACAGGAGAGGACAUUUGGGCUUAGGUUCAAUUAUCACUUUUAUCGUUAUCAAAUUUGGUGUUUUGGACAUGAAAAAUACUAACAUGCACAUUGCUUGUGAGAUGGAACCCUUGGACUUUGAUUGUUUACACAGGAUGGGAGUUGUCUCUAAAGAUAAAAAAGGGCACUACCAUAUAGCUCUACCUGGACCAGGCCUUGUGCCUCGGAUAACUCAUUCCAAGUGUAGUAGACCUACUGCUAUAGGCUUUGAUGAGGAGGCCGAUCCUUCCAACACCUCAGUUUCACUAGCACAAUUGAAAGAGCAGUGGGACCUCAUGGAGAAGAAUUUGAUGGCUUACUUUGCUUAUGUUGGAUUUAGUCCUCCUUAUCCACCCCCAACUUAG